UUUGCUAUAUCCAAUUAAAUGGGAAAUUGUAUAAAAAAGCAGACAGCCAUUCAACGCGACGGCGGCGUCUGGGGAUCAACCGCGGCGGCGGCACCGGGAACAAUGUAUUUAUCCGGCAGCGACCGUGGUGACAGUCGGAAGGGAGAGAGUUAUUCCGGCGGUAGCUUUGGUGAUAAAACGGCGACGACGGAGGUGAAGAUUAAGAUAUCGAAGAAGCAACUGGAGGAGUUAUUGGGUAGGACGGAUGUGCAGGGGCUAACGGUGGAGCAGAUUCUUGCUAAGUUGAUGAACGUCAGUGAUGGAUUUGAAUCGAAUCAACGGCCGUGGAGGCCUGCUCUACAGAGCAUUCCGGAGUAAACUGUCGACGUAUACCCCGUAGUGGGUUUACCCAAUUACGUGAGGUUUUUUUUUUCUUUUUUUUUUUUUUAGUUUUUCUAAAUUAAAUUAAACUGUACAUAUAAUUUUCAACUUUUUUUUUUUUGUUGUUGUUGUUAUAUUUGUAAACAUUUUGGUUAUGGAUAACUAAUAAUAUAAAACUUA